AAUCUAGUAUAUGUUGAUCAUAUUAAAUUUAUAGUUGUGUAACAAAUAAAAAGUAUUGUUUCAAGUUUUUAAUCAAAAAUGUCGUCUCCUGCUCCCAAGUCACCGGAACAAAGUGAGAAAAGCAAAAAAUACGACCGGCAAUUGAGAUUAUGGGGAGACCACGGUCAGAAAUUUCUCGAAAACUCAAAAAUUUGUUUAAUAAACGCUACUGCUUUGGGUACGGAAAUUCUCAAAAGUUUAGUUUUACCAGGCAUUGGUUCUUUCACUAUUGUUGAUGGCGAAAAAAUUACGGAUGAUGAUAUUGGUUCAAACUUUUUUGUUGAGAGUGAUACAAUAGGCAUGUCUAGAGCACAAGUGGCAACUCAAAGUCUACUUGAAUUGAACCCUGAUGUUAGAGGGGAUUACAUUGAUGAGUCUGUUGACCACAUUAUGGCCCACAGUCAAGAUUUUUUUGAUACGUUUUCGGUUGUAAUUGCUACAUGUUUACCAGAAAAAGUUUUAAUACCACUCUCUAAACAUUUAUGGGAAAAAAAUGUACCACUUAUUGUAUGCCGCAGUGUGGGAUUUUUGGGGUACAUAAGAAUUCAAGUUAAAGAGCACACCAUAAUAGAGGCUCAUCCUGAUAAUGAAAAUCACGAUUUACGCUUAGACAAUCCAUGGCCUGCAUUAAAAGAACAUUUGGAUAAAGUUGAUAUAACGAAACUGGACAACAAGGAACGCAGUCAUGUGCCUGCGGUAGUUAUUCUAUACUAUUAUUUGACUCAGUUUAAGAACAAAUAUGGCCACUUACCAACAACUCGAGCUGAAAAAGAAGAAGUGAAAAAAAUGAUAACUGAAAGUCCGCCACCUGAUGAACAUGGAAUUAAGAAUUUAGAAGAGAAUUUUAAAGAAGCUAUUCGCUACAUAAAUACUUGUUUUAACCCAGUAAAGAUUCCACCAAAUUUGCAGGCAAUCCUAGAAGAUGAUAGUUGUAGAAAUGUGAACCAGAGUAGUUCAUCUUUUUGGAUUUUAUGUGCGGCCUUGAAAGAAUUUGUAGAAAAAGAAAAUGCGCCUCCGUUAAAGGGGAGUUUACCAGAUAUGGCAGCCGACACUAGUAGCUACAUAACAUUGCAACAACUAUACCAAAAACAAGCCCAAACCCAGUGUGAAAUUAUUUAUAGGAGGGCCUUAGAAAUAGCACGAAAUUUGGGCCUCUCUCAAGAAAUCAUUACGGAAUCUGAAGCAAAGUUAUUUUGUAAGCAUGCAAGUGAAUUACAUGUAAUUCGUGGUAGUUGCAUUGCUGAUGAAUAUCAAAAAACCAGGCUAGACCUAACGUCGUAUCUUGAAGAUCCUGACAGUCUGAUGUUUCAUUACAUAACUUUAAGAGGCCUAGAACGCUUUAUCAGUGAAUUUAAUAGUUAUCCAGGCCAACUGGAUGAUCAUGUGGAGCCAGAUGUGCUUAAAUUGAAGAGUAUUAUUGGAAAGUUGUUAGGAGAGUGGGGUUGUUCACAGAUAAUUAGAGAUGAGAGGGUGCAUGAAGUUUGUCGUUACGGAGGCGCUGAGCUGCAUUCAAUCUCUGCUAUUUUGGGGGGAUGCGCGGCUCAUGAGGCUAUCAAACUUAUAACUUUGCAGUAUAAACCGUUAAAUAACACGUUUGUUUAUGAUGCAAUUACCUCAACUUCUGCUUCUUUUACUCUUUAAAUGAUUGUUUUGUUGAUUAGGUUACUAAGAAUAAAUUUUUUAAAACGC